AUGGCCAUUGGCCAGCAGACGUUCUUCCAGGGCUGUAUCGUGGGGGUAACCGCAUCGAUUGGCAAGGAUUUGCAUAUGAAUUCUGCUGAAAUUACAUGGAUCAAUGCCGGUGCUUCUCUCACAAGCGGCGCCUUCCUGCUCACUUUCGGGAAGCUAGCCGACAUGUUCGGACGCAAGAUUCUCUUCAUAAUCGGCAUGGCCGGUUUCACCAUCUCGCUACUCAUCGCCGGAUUCGCAACAAAUGCAAUUUAUAUGGACGUCUUCUCGGGGAUUUUAGGUUUAUUCGCCGCCGCCGUCGUCCCACCGGCCGUCGGCGCCCUCGGCGCAACUUACGAGAAACCCUCAAAGCGCAAGAACCUUGCCUUUGCCUGCUUCAGCGCGGGAAACCCGCUUGGUUUUGUCGGCGGCAUGAUUAUCUCCGGUGUUGCGGCGCAUUUGUAUAACUGGCGCGCUUCCUUUUGGGCUCUCGCUGUUGUCUAUGCUAUCUUUACCGGUUUGACCGCGUGGACGGUGCCGGCUGAUGGGUUUGCUAGGACGCCUUUGAGUGUCCAGGCUUUGAAACAGUUUGAUAUUCUCGGGAUGGUGUUGGUUGUUGUUGGCUUUGCGUUCUUUUCGAGUUCGCUUUCUCUCGCUGCAGAUGCGCCAGAUGGCUGGAAAACGGGAUACGUCCUUGCUUUGUUUAUCGUGGGCUUUUCCCUUCUCGUGGUGUUUCUGUAUUGGCAAUCCGUUGCUACACACCCUCUGAUGCCUCUUUGGGUCUGGCGAGAUCGUAACUUCUCCCUUCUUAUUGGAACUUGCUGCCUUGGCUUCAUGGGUUUCUCUGCCGUCAGCUUCUACCUCGCUCUCUACCUUCAAGACCUGAAGCAUCUGUCUGCUCUUGAAGUCACCGUCCAGCUACUCCCAAUGGUUGUCAGCGGGGUGCUGGUCAACGUGGUCUGCGGUCUGGUCCUGCACCGCGUAAGCAACAAAGUACUAACCGGCAUCGGAGCACUGGCGUAUACAGCUUCGUUCCUUAUUCUGAGCUUCAUGAAGCAGGAAGCCAGUUACUGGGCAUUUAUCUUCCCAGGGCUAGUUCUUGUCGUCGUUGGUGCCGACAUUCAAUUCAACGUCACAAAUAUGUACGUGAUGUCCACCCUCCCGCCAUCCCAGCAAUCCAUCGCCGGCGGCAUCUUCAACACCGUCAACAAGCUGUGCAGCACCCUGGGACUUGGCAUUGCUACUUCGGUACAAAGCUCGGUCGCUCUUCGCAUGACGGCCUCCUCGCCUGCAAUUCAGCCUUACCUCUCGGUUUAUUGGUUUGCGGCUGCGGCUUCGGGGGUAUCUCUGGUUUUGGUGCCGUUCUUGACAAUCGGUAAACAGGGCAAUUCUGUCCCGCAAAAUGACCAGUUGAUUCCUGGCGAGGAGGCUGGUGAGAAAACGGCUGUUACUGCCAACACCAGUUCUGUGGUUUCUUCUGCUGCUGAUAUCGCAGAGCACCAAAGAGGGUAG